CACACUGCUGUGAAAAGGUUCGCUGAUAAAAAAUUAUUUUAUCAUUUUUCAGUCGAUGGAAAGGAAAAUAAUUAAUUAAUCAAGGUAUAUCGAUAUUCUUUCGCCAUCGUAUCAUCUUGAUCAAUCUCGAUCUUGGGCUCAACGUUAUGCUGAUUGUGAGUGUUCUGCGAGUUUCUCGCAUUCGUCAUGUCAACAGAUAAGCUGAAUGUUACCCUGAAAACGGACGCCUUUCCUAAAUUUCAAAAACCCGCAGUCGUAGGCUUUUUCGACGUAGACCACAAUCGACAAAUAAAACCUGGCGCCGGAAAUUUGAAAUAUCUAUUCAAAGAUGGAUAUAGUGCGUUACCGUUCGAUUUGAACCAUGGAUUUGAGACGUUCACUGAGAAAAACCGAUCUUUGGAUAACGAAGAAAAGCUCAAUAUUCUUCUACAAUGGUUAAAUAAAGAAAGCGAUCUCAAACAAAAAAUAUUAAGCGAAUAUACCGAGAAAAAUCCUAGUUUCACGUUCGUAUCGUAUAGAGGAUUACUAACCACUGUCAUGAAAACACCUUUUGAAUACAAAGAUGGUUGGCGAAUAUGUGCGUCGAAAUUCAGGAAUUUCAUUUUUCUUUGCGCAUUUUAUACUGAUGAGAAAAAAGAUCUACUAGCGAAACCUCCAACUCCGCGACAACAACGAUUUGAAUACUGGGGAUAUAAGUUUGAGCAGUAUUUGUUGACCGAAUCGCCUGAAAAGUAUCCUAAUACUUCUAAACCGAUCAACUCGAAUGAAGAAUUUUGUGUCGUAUUUCAUAGUCGGCUUAAUGGAAAUGGCUUGCUGUAUGGCGCAGAAGUUGAUGGCGUUGAUCAUAACGAUUCAAUUCACGAGAGCUUAAAUUGUAACGUUUUAAAUAAGGUGAAAAUGGUUGAACUGAAAACGAGUAGACAUAUCGAAUUCGAAAAACAAAAACUGCACCAUAAAAGGUAUAAAUUGUUAAGCUGGUGGUGUCAGACUUUCUUAGUAGGCAUCGAAAAUGUGACCGUCGGAUUUCGUAAUGAUAACGGUUUUGUGGAAGAAUUGAAUUCGUUCAGGGUUAAAGAUUUACCUAAAAUGUCCGAUAAUCUGUGGAGUGCAGCUGGUUGUAUGCGUUUUCUAGAUGAUUUUUUGAAUUUUGUCAAAGCGACGCUGAUGAAUGAACCAGAUACAACGUUAUGGUGUUUCGAAUGGUCUCCGCGUGUUGGACAUGUCAAAAGGAGGCGAUUACCGGAUACUUCUGAAUAUGUAAUAGUUCCACCUUGGUUUUCUCUUUAACCCUGUAAUUUCGAAUUGACGCUGUGUGUAAAUCUGGAUUUAAAACUAAUCAAAAAGACGUAUUCCUACUGGAUCGAUAUGAAGUAUGAACAUGUAAAAGCUGGUAUUUCACCCGAAAUGUAAUUUAAAAAAUGAAAAGUGAGGUGUGCAUGACGUUGAGUUACGUUCAAUAGUGCAUUCGAGUGACUUACACAGAUAUGGUGAUUUUUUUUUUUUUGAGCAUUGUGGUUUAUUUUACGUUUUCUGAAGAUCAAUCUUCGAAAUAUUUUUGUAUUGUGAUCGUUUUUUAAUUUAAUUUUGAAUUUUGUACUUAUUAUCAAGUUUUUUAAGCUGUCAAAUAUAAAAAUGUAGAAAAUAGAUGUCAAUUUAUUUUGACUUGAUA